ACCCUCUCUCACCGUACCACCACAAGAAAUGGCAAGAAUGGUGACCAUCACCUCCAUCCUCCUGCUCUCCCUCCUCGUCGUUGCCACUGCGGCGGCGGAUACGGCGGCGGCCGCGGUGGUGGGCGGGCGGAGGGAUAUCAAGGACGUGGGCUCCAACAAGUUGGUGCAGUCCCUGGGCCAGUUCGCGGUGGCCGAGCACAAUCGCCACCUCCGCCGCAACGGCGGCGUGGGGACCAGCAGUGACCCCGUCACCGCCCUCCUCUCCUUCAGAGCGGUGGCCGCGGCGCAGCAGCAGGUCGUCGCCGGCGUGGCGUACUACCUCAAAGUCAUCGCGCGGGACCAUGGCGGUGGCGACAGGCCCUUCGACGCCGUGGUGGUCGUCAAGGCGUGGCUCAAGUCCAAGGAGCUCGUCUCCUUCACGCCUUCCCCGAAGUAGUAGCGCAAUGAGCCGGCAGACCGGCGCGUAGCAGAUGUAUCCACUGCGUCGUUGCAUGUUGGUUUUGUGUUCUACUUGUGGUGAGGUGGUUCAUAUUUGAGAUAUACACCACUAUAUUAUGGUGAAUGUGCCUACAAAUUAAAUAAAUUUGGUUCAUGUUUUCUUGGAUCAGUUUGGUUCAA